CCCACUAUGUCCUAGGUGCUAUAUGUGUAGACGCGGUGUAGCUGGUUUGGGUGGUGUUAGAGGGCAGGUAGUAGACGCGGGAGGUGGUGUUAGAGGGCAGGCAGUAGACGCGGGAGGUGGUGUAGACGCGGUGUAGCUGGUUUAGGUGGUGUUAGAGGGCAGGCAGUAGACGCGGGAGGUGGUGUAGGUGGUGUUAGAGGGCAGGCAGGACUGGUCAACAUGGCGACGGACGGGAUGGUGCUCACCAACCACGACCAUCAGACUCGAGUGGGCAUCCUGACCGUCAGUGACAGUUGUUACAAGAACUUGGCUGAGGACAGAAGUGGGGUCAAUUUGAAGGACCUGGUCCAUGAUCCUUCGCUGUUAGGUGGCGUCAUCACAGCCUAUAAAAUUGUCCCAGAUGAGCUUGAUGAAAUCAAGGAAACUCUUUUGGAGUGGUGUGAUGAACAGGAGCUGAAUCUCAUUCUCACCACUGGAGGAACCGGAUUCGCACCCAGAGAUGUGACACCAGAGGCAACCAGAGACGUGAUCGAGAGAGAGGCUCCAGGCAUGGCUCUGGCCAUGCUGAUGGGAUCCCUUAACGUCACGCCACUCGGCAUGUUGUCCAGGCCAGUGUGUGGUAUCCGUGGUAAAACUCUGAUCAUCAACCUUCCGGGGAGCAAGAAAGGCUCUCAGGAGUGUUUUCAGUUCAUCCUGCCUGCUCUGCCCCAUGCUAUCGAUCUGCUGCGCGAGGCCACGGUCAGGGUGAAGUCCGUACAUGCCGCCUUGGAGCAGCUGCCCUCUCCUUCCUUCCUGCUGGCCAACGCCCACACCAACACGCACGCCCACUCGCACACCAUGGAGCGUGGCACCCAGUGUGAAGAGGAGGACGAGGAGGAGGAGGAGGAGGAUGACGACCGGCGGAGAGGUCGACACGCGCACCACCACCACCACCACCACCACCACCAGCACGGCUCUUCCCACAUCACUGCAGCUGCUAUUGCUGCAAAGGUUGUUGUGUUCCAUCAGACCAGCCAUGCUGGGGUCAUGGCUAAGGGGGCUCCCUACCUGCCCAGCACCACGCCUGCACUUCCCACUCAUUUCACCUGCUCCUGUAGCCAUGACCAGCAGAUUCCGGACUCCAUCAUUUCUCGAGGUGUUCAGGUGCUUCCUCGAGAUUCUGCCUCUUUGAGUUCCACCCCUUCUGAGUCACCCCGGGCCACUCAGGCGACUUCACGCCUCUCCACUGCAUCAUGCCCGACUCCCAAGGUUCAGUCCCGGUGUGGCAGUAACGAGAACAUUCUCAGAGCCAGUCACAGUGCGGUGGACAUCAGCAAGGUGGCGCGACGUCAUCGCAUGUCCCCGUUUCCUCUGACAUCCAUGGACAAAGCCUUCAUCACUGUUCUAGAGAUGACUCCUAUUCUUGGGAUUGAAGUCAUUAACUACCGAGGUGAGUGUGUGCUGACAAUCAGUCUUCUUGAAGAGAAGUGUUCAACAAUGGCCGCCCUCUUGUCUCUAGACGGUAUGGGUCGAGUGCUCGCUCAGGACAUCUAUGCCAAAGACAACCUUCCUCCAUUUCCAGCCUCUGUUAAAGAUGGCUACGCUGUAAGAGCUGCUGAUGGCCCAGGAGAUCGCUUCAUCAUGGGAGAGUCACAAGCCGGACAACAGCCCACUCACACAGUGAUGCCAGGCCAAGUAAUGAGAGUGACCACCGGAGCUCCAAUUCCCUGCGGUGCUGAUGCGGUGGUCCAAGUGGAAGAUACAGAACUACUAAGGGAGUCUGAAGAUGGUACAGAAGAGUUAGAAGUCAGGAUUAUGGUCCAAGCUCGACCUGGGCAGGACAUCAGACCAAUAGGUCAUGACAUCAGGCGAGGGGAGUGUGUAUUAGCCAAAGGGACACACAUGGGCCCCUCAGAGAUAGGUCUGCUGGCUACAGUGGGAGUGACAGACGUCAGUGUGCACAAGUUCCCAGUGGUGGCUGUCAUGUCCACUGGAAACGAGCUGCUGAAUCCAGAGGACGACCUCCACCCUGGUAAGAUCAGGGAUUCUAACCGCUCCACUCUGCUGGCCACCAUCCAGGAACAUGGCUACCCCACUAUCAACCUGGGCAUUGUUGGAGACAAUCCUGAUGACCUGCUGUCUGCACUCCAUGAAGGGAUCAGUCGUGCGGAUGUCAUCAUCACCUCAGGGGGUGUGUCCAUGGGAGAGAAGGACUACCUGAAGCAAGUACUGGACAUCGAUCUUCAUGCUCAGAUCCACUUUGGGCGUGUCUUUAUGAAGCCAGGUCUUCCGACUACCUUUGCCACCGUUGACAUUGAUGGAGCCCGGAAACUCAUCUUUGCUCUGCCAGGUAACCCAGUGUCUGCAGUGGUGACAUGCAAUCUCUUUGUCAUUCCUGCACUGAGAAAGAUGCAAGGCAUUCUGGACCCCAGACCUACGAUUAUUAAAGCCAGGCUUUCAUGUGAUGUGAAGCUAGAUCCCAGACCCGAGUACCAUCGCUGUAUUCUCACCUGGCAUCACCAGGAGCCACUGCCUUGGGCUCAAAGCACAGGUAACCAGGUGUCCAGCAGGCUCAUGUCCAUGCGCAGUGCCAACGGGCUGCUGAUGUUGCCCCCGAAGACGGAGCAGUACGUGGAGCUGCACAAGGGAGAGGUGGUGGAUGUCAUGGUCAUCGGACGACUAUGAUGCAGAUGAGAUUUUCACUUGUGACUGUGGUGCUGGGAGCUCCUGAAGCAUGUCUACCUGGCCGCUCUUAGCUGUGAUGUCAUAUGCAACAGCACAGGCUCAACUCUCAUGUCUGCAUUGAGGAAAGUCACUCAAACUCUGUAUAAAUAUGACAUUUCUUCUCUAAUACCACAUCA